CCAGCAAAAAAAAUGACAGAGAAGAAGCUUUUUUUUGCUUCCUGUGUGUUAUUUGGAGUGGAUGGUACCCUGGUCAACAACAGGCUUCCAGGAUCUCAAGCAUCUUUCGUAGAGGGUUAACGUUACCAAACAUGAAGCAGCAGGACAACGCGGUAAAAUUGGGCUUGCUCGGCAAAACAGCUAGCUAACAUUACCCAAACUGAGGCGCAUACGGAAGUGAGCAGCACGUUGAGGAGAACAGUUGCCACGGAGGACGACAAGAUCGUGGGUGGGUAUGAGUGCAUGCGCCACUCCGAGCCCCAUCAGGUGUCUCUGAAUGCUGGGUACCACUUCUGUGGGGGCUCCUUGGUCAAUGAGAACUGGGUUGUGUCUGCUGCUCACUGUUCCAAGUCUCAUAUUGAGGUGCGUUUGGGAGAGCACCACAUCAGAGUCACUGAGGGCAGCGAGCAGUUCAUUAGUGCUUCCCAUAUCAUUGAACACCCCUUUUUUGACCGCUUCACUCUUGAGAAUGACAUCAUGCUGCUUAAGCUGAGCAAGCCCGCCACCCUUAACCAGUAUGUGCAGCCUGUGGCUCUGCCCACCAGCUGUGCCCCUGCUGGCACCAUGUGCACAGUCUCCGGCUGGGGCAACACCAUGAGCUCCACUGCUGACAGCAACAGGCUGCAGUGUUUGGACAUCCCCAUCCUGUCUGAUGAGGACUGUAACAAUUCCUACCCUGGCAUGGUCGACCACACCAUGUUCUGUGCCGGAUACCUGGAAGGAGGCAAGGACUCCUGCCAGGGUGACUCUGGUGGCCCCGUUGUGUGCAACGGUGAGCUGCAGGGUGUUGUGUCCUGGGGCUACGGAUGUGCUGAGAAAAAUCACCCAGGUGUCUAUGCCAAGGUGUGUGUGCAGACUGAGUGGCUGCACGACACAAUGGCCAGCUAUUAACUGCACCAUUUAACCUGCACAUCAGACACAUUGACUCUUUUUUGCUGGAGUUGAAGUAAAACAAAUAAAAUGUUUGAACUAAA